UGAUACAAACACAAGUGCUUGAGAAUCUCUCGAUCUGCAGUGUUGCUUCCUCAGGUAUGAAGUGAGGCAGGCAAUGUUUCGGUGGCGACCGCAACAGCAGACCUGAAGCCGUUUCUGGACCCAGCGAGACAAACAUUCAUCUCCCUCGGAAGCUGUUGAGUGAAUCAAACGGGCAUCGACCUACCUCAGAAGACAUCUCGCCAAUAUGAGCGAGGACAGAGGCAGGCAGGUCCAGAGACACAGCCACAGCAACCGGCAACCCCCCAACGUCAAACCAAAGCUUGUGCAGAAUGACACCAAGGGUGAGCAGAUAAGGAAGGAGAAGUCUGUCAAAGUCAGGCGGUCCAGAAGCAUCGACUCGGAGCGGAGCGAGAGGGGAAGGAGGCGAGAAAGAUCGAGGCACCAUGGGGAGCGCAGGCAGCGAGGCAGGAGUGAGGAAACCCGGCGGCGGGACCGAAGAGAGGGAGACAGCGUCAAGAAGCGUCCCGAAGACGACGUGGAGGAAACAGAAUGUGCCAUCUGCUUCUGUUCAUAUGAUAACAUCUUCAAGACGCCGAAACUGCUGGCAUGUGGGCACACCUUUUGUCUGGAGUGCCUGGCUCGCAUCAAUGUGACCUCCCCGGAGCUGAAGACUCUCUCCUGCCCCGUGUGCAGGGAGGUGACCGAGCUCCCUCAUGGUCAAGAUUUACCCCGUUUGGGCAAUAACCAGGACAUUAUCGGGAAACUUCCCCCCGAGAUGCACAGGGCACUUUCCAUCCGCUUCCAGCGCAGCAAAGGAAAACUAGUACUAAAGAAUCCUCCGCUGACAAGUCCCACCAAGUCCAACAUUCUCUCUCUGCCUAAGAAGAGUCAGGAGAACCAGCCGCCAGCAGGGGGGCAACCUUUAAACCAAAUAGAGCAGGGGAUAGCGCCAACAACCGUGGUGGACGUGGGAAGACCUCCGCACCCAGUCAGAGGACGCCUACGCAGGUUGUUCCGCUCGGAUCAGUGCUACUACGCCGUGGUGGCGUCAGUUAUUGCUGUCACUGUGGCGCUGAUGCUGGUGGGGAUACUUGCAUUUGUGAUCAUACCCAAUGUGACCAGGCCUGGACGUCCGAUCAACCAAACAUCCCCCCAAAACUUUGGACCGGGCGGAUUCAACCCUGACCCUUAAAUCAGUGUUUGUGUUGACUCUAUGAAGGAUAUCCGGAAGAACUCACAGUGUCUGUCAAAACAAGGAUGGCCACAUAUUUUUGUUGAAGUGAGACGAAGGUUACCCGGGUUGGAAGAAGGACUAGUUUAUCCUGUUGGGUUUUUACCCCGUGUUUAUCUGUCAGUCAUAAUAAAUCAUCCCAGCUGCACUAAAUUCGUCGACAAGUUCGAGUUGUACCCAAAGUGAAGAAUCCUGAUGAACCAAAGAUACAUGUAUAUAUCAGCAUAUAUUUUUGUAAAUGUCUAAUUUAUAGUUAUCCAUUAAAGCUAUUUUCACAUAUCA